GCUGACAUAUGCAGCAUUUACCGUGAAUGCGAUCUCCGUGAACAUUGCCUUUACAAGCCGCAUUGCCUGUUACCCGCAAUUGGAUUGAAUCCCGGGUUUAGGCAACACUAGACCUCAUAUUUUACACGUUUAAUGUUUUCCAAUAAACAAUUUCCAUAAACAUUCAAAUUUCAUGAUAGAGAAAUUGAAUGUCAUAAGAAGAUAAAGUUGCUUGCUUACUGGUGACUUGUGGCCACUAGGGCCCCUCCUUCACUAUAUGAAAACAGUGUCUUCAUGUUUUAUGAUUGGUUGUCAUUCUAUACUAUAUAAGGCCUAAGGCCGAUUCUUUAAAAAUCCACAAGGAAAUCAAAAAGCUAGCUGAUCCCUCUAGAUUUCCAUUCGUUGCGCUGAUUCUAUUUAGCAUUCCCUCCAGAGACGAUUUUCAACUUCCUUCAAACUACAUGCAGACAAAAAAUGGUAUCCAUGAGUUCAUAUGACUCUGGGUAAGUAGAACAAUUGCCAAAAUCUCAAACUAUUCCUUUAAGUGAAUUUUUAAGUUAUUGUCCUUUUAGAAUUCAGUGUUCCAAACAACCUCCAUUUCUAAUGUGUUUGUAGCUCAGAUGCCCUACUGUACAUUUGGGACCCAUUAAAAGAAGCAUUACUAACUAGUCACGGCUCUAAAUGGGAACACAUCAAGUAUAUCACGUUUGUCUGAUUUAUACCAUAACCUAUUGACAAUUGUUUAUAACACAUCUUUGCUGCUUUCUUUUCGUAGUUUUCAUCAGUCAUUUUUCUUCCUCUGUCGUAUUAAUGAAUAGUGGUCCAAUUCCUAUGUUGACAUAUAAUAGUGGCUCAAGCAUGUCCAUUAAAUCAUCACAUGUGCCUGUGGGAGACUUGUACGAGGUUUGAGAAGUAGGACAUUUUUCAAACUAGGAUUUUGGCCGGGAUGCGUGACGAAUCUCUCUGAAAGUCGGUGGGACCUAGACAUCAGAGAAGACAGAUAGCUCUGGACACCAGAUUCAUCAGUGCCAAAGAAGAAAUGUUGGAUGAAGAUAUCUCAUUAUAUAGAUGCUGUGGAAUUCCUCGGCCAAAUGGAAAAGAUUGUGUCGAAAUAUCGCCACAAGAAGAUACCUCUUGCAAAACCGAAAAGUUACGAGUUGAGAAUCGGGGGUCUGGAGGACACUGUUCACGCUGGAGAUGGUGAACAGUUAGAAGUUUGGAAAGACUGCUACCUUCCAGAGAGAAUGGAGAUGGUGGUCAUUGGUGCCCUGGAUGACUUCCGCUGUUCGGCAGCAGGAUGGCAGCUGGUUCUCCUGUUAUGUGAAGAUGGCAAUGUCUACGCCUACGAGUUUGAAGUUCUACACCUUGUUGCCAGAAGCUUGGAGGAUCUCUUUAAAUCUGGAGCAGAGUUCCCAGGACAGGAGAAACACAGAUUUGGAGAAUGCUUUGAGGAAUUGACUGAGGAAGAGAUGAAGAAAGAGAUGCAAUGUGAUGAAAUAAAGAAAAUCAAUGACGAGCAUAUUCAGUUCCGAAGAAGUUUGGAGAUUGAGAUGCUGAGGGAUCUCAAAGCAAUCAGUCAAUCUGAGCCAACAUUUCAACCCAACAAAGCCAAGUCGGACCCAAUAUUCAAGGCCUUCAAAGGAAGGACUACAAAGGAAGCACGACAAAUUCAAUCGCUCAGACACAAGAGGAUUACAAAAAGAAAACCAGCCUCGUCGUGGACCAGGAUGCCUUGCUCCCAGACAGACUAAAUAACGUCUUUGCUCGCUUUGAGGACAAUACAGUGCCAC